AUGGGUUCGCCGACCUUGACCAACAUGAAGCGGAGAGACGAGGCCAGGAGCCAGGCAGCCAGGAGCGCCAUCGCUACAGAGAGGCUGGAGGGGUCUGAGAUGAUCCCAGAGGGAUGUGUAUCGAGGUACAAGGUGGAGAGGGUGGUGGAUAAAAGAGCCCUUCUGGCUCUGCCCACCCCCAAUGUGACACCAGCCUGUCAGAAGAUGGCGUCUCUGCUCAUGUGGUCCCUGUUUUACCACGUCUCCCUCUUUGAGCUUGCCAGCACCACCCAAACCACAGCCUACAGCUGCUCUCUGCUGGGCCACUUUGAUCCAACUUUCCAGGCUGAUGGAAAGUUUACCAUUGCAGGACUGUUUCCCCUGCACUACUGGGUGGAGAUGUCAUACUGGAAUUACACACACAAACCAGCUGACGCGCAGUGCCUGGGGUUUGACCCCAGGGCUUUCCGAUGGGCCCAGACCAUGAGAUUUGCUGUAGAGGAGAUCAACCGGAGUGAGAACCUGCUGCCCCACCACACUCUGGGCUACAGGAUCUUUGACUCCUGUGCAACUCAUGUGGGAGGGCAGCGUGCGGCUCUGGGGGCUCUGAAUGGACCAGAAUUAGUCCAGAGUCCCUUGUGUUCCAGCGCCGCACCUCUCUUGGCCGUAAUCGGAGAUUCCGGGUCGUCUCAGUCCAUUGUUGUCUCAGACACUCUGCAGCCCUUCAGAAUUCCUAUGAUCAGCUAUUUUUCAAGCUGCUCAUGUCUCAGCAACAGAGAUAAAUACCCCACAUUUUUCCGGGUAAUUCCCAACGACGAUUACCAGGUAAAAGCGAUUGUCCAGCUCUUACAGAGGUUUGGAUGGACGUGGGUGGGCAUAAUCACUGAAGACGACGACUAUGGCAGGUACGCAGUGCAGGGUCUGCUGAAGGAAUUCAAAAGCACUGGGAUUUGUCUGGCCUACUAUGAAAUGAUACCCAAAGUGUACGACAAGAGGAAAAUCCACGAUAUCCUUAAGGUCAUAAAGCGGUCUACAGCAAAAGUUCUUAUCUGCUUUUCUGGUGAGGGGGAACUGUUCCCAUUCCUGAAGGAGUACAUAGAGCAGAAGAUCACUGGCAUCCAGUGGAUUGCCAGUGAAGCCUGGGUAACAGCCUCCCUCUUCGCAGGCAGUGAGUUCUACCCACACUUGGGUGGCACCAUUGGGUUUGCCAUUCGCCAAGGUCACAUCCCUGGGCUGGGGGACUACCUGCUGACUGUGAACCCGCUGAGGUACCCCAACAACUCCGUAGUGCAGGAGCUGUGGGCCGCUUUGCACGGUUGCUCCAUGCAGCCUCCAGCCGGCAGGAGCCCGGUCUCCCCAGAGCUGCCCUCCUGCACGGGGUCGGAGCCCCUCCUGAAACAGCACUCUGCCUACCUGAACACAUCCAGCUUCCGUGUGACCUACAAUGUGUAUAAGGCUGUGUACGCCAUCGCCCACUCCCUCCAUAACCUGCUCAGCUGUGAGCCUGGAAAAGGGCCUUUCCAGAACUCAUCGUGUGCCAAAACCACCAGCAUCUAUCCAUGGCAGCUUGCCAGCACCACCCAAACCACAGCCUACAGCUGCUCUCUGCUGGGCCACGUUGAGAUGCCAGGCUUUCUGGCUGACGGAGACUACAUCAUCGGCGGGAUUUUCCCUCUGCACUACAGGGUGGAGCUGCCCUCCACCAACUACACCCAUAAACCGGCUUCUGCACAGUGUCUGGGGUUUGACCCCAGAUCUUUCCGAUGGGCUCAGGCUUUGAGAUUUGCUGUAGAGGAGAUCAACCGGGGUAAGAACCUGCUGCCCCACCUCACUCUGGGCUACAGGAUCCAUGAUUCCUGCGCAACUCCCCUCACAGCCCAGCGGGCAGGUCUCUCGGUACUGAACGGGCCGGACGGAGAUCAGAAUGACAUGUGUUCUGGUACCUCGCCACUUUUGGCUGCGGUUGGAGAAUCUGGGUCGUCACAGUCUAUUGUCGUGUCCAGAACUCUACAGCCCUUCAGAACCCCAAUG